AUGAAAGGGUGGUACUUGUAUUCUUUUAUCUUUACAUAUUAUUAUUAUGGCAGUUUCUGCCAAGAGGUUGAGUACUAUCCAUCACAAUCUGUCAUGGACACAUAUCACAAGGCUACUGCGAAAAGAAAUAUUAAAGAUGAUUGCUCUAAAAUAUUUCAUGAAGAUUGUAUAAAAAAUGAAAUAAAAUCUGGUAUGAGAAAGUUUAAUCAAGCAAUGAAUGAAGAUAAUUUUGUAGAAGUUAGGAAGAGAGCAGUAGAUACCGUUUUUCACGGAUACCCAAAAACAAGAGAAGAAUUAUGGAAUGAACACUUUUUGGAUGAGACUACAGUCUUUGACCAAACGCCAUCGCUUGUAAAUUUGUUACAUAAUAUAACUCGGACUUAUUUAAAAGAUUGUACACCCGUUAUUCUUUAUGACAAUCAAGUCAAAUCGAAGGAAAGUUACUUAGUUCAAAAUUUACUAAAAGGGUUUCCAAUGACAUUUGUUCAUGGUUACAUUACUGAUGAAGGUAAGGUGUUGGAGCCUGAGCUUUUACAAGCUGGAUCAGAAUGUCUACAUUACAUUAUUUUCCUGACUGAUGUUAAGAAAAGCUCUAAAGUUUUGGGAAAACAACCAGAAAGUAAAGUAAUAGUAGUUGCAAGGUCUUCUCAAUGGGCCGUUCAGGAAUUUUUAGCACAGCCUAUUUCAAGAAUGUUUGUAAAUUUGCUUGUCAUUGGCCAAAGUUUUAAAGAAGGAGAUGACGCUGCUUUGGAGGUCCCUUACAUAUUGUAUACUCAUAAAUUGUACACGGAUGGGCUUGGCGCCAGUAAACCUGUAGUAUUAAACUCAUGGAGUCAUGGAAAGUUUUCAAGAAACAUUAACUUAUUUCCUCGCAAGAUGACAGAGGGUUACGCUGGGCAUCGAUUUGUAGUCGCUGCUGCUAAUCAGCCGCCAUUUGUUUUUAAAAGGAUUAAAUCAGACUCAGAUGGAGGAAACCCUCGAAUUGUCUGGGAUGGUAUUGAAAUUCGACUUAUUAAACUAUUGGCUGAAAGGAAUAACUUCUCCAUAGAAAUCGUUGAACCUCAGGAAUUAAGUCUCGGUCCAGGUGAUGCGGUGGCUAAAGAGAUUACCACAGGACGAGCAGACAUUGGGAUAGCAGGAAUGUACAUGACGAUUGAAAGAGCUCGAGAUAUGGAUAUGUCAUUUUCACAUUCUCAAGAUUGCGCUACUUUUAUUACACUCAUGUCUACAGCCUUGCCUCGGUACCGAGCAAUUUUAGGACCAUUUCACUGGCAUGUAUGGGUUGCUUUAACAUUUACUUACCUUUUUGGUAUGUUACCUCUUGCUUUCUCUGAUAAACAUACUUUAAGACAUCUUAUUAAUAACAGCGGAGAAAUAGAAAAUAUGUUCUGGUAUGUUUUUGGUACUUUUACCAAUUGUUUUACAUUUCUUGGGAAAAAUUCUUGGAGCAAAACUACUAAAAUAACAACUCGAUUAUUAAUUGGUUGGUACUGGAUUUUUACAAUUAUUAUUACAAGUUGUUACACCGGCUCUAUUAUAGCAUUUGUAACAUUACCAGUGUUCCCAGAAACUGUGGAUACUAUACAUCAGUUGUUAGCCGGAUUUUACAGAAUAGGCACUUUAGAUCGUGGAGGUUGGGAGAGAUGGUUUUUAAACUCAUCAGAUCCUUACACUAACAAAUUAUUGAAAAAACUUGAAUUGGUGCCCAAUGUUGAAGCUGGAAUUAGAAACACUACCAAAGCUUUCUUUUGGCCACACGCUUUUCUGGGAUCCAAAGCUGAAUUUGAAUAUAUUGCUCAAGCUAACUUUUCGGAACCUAAAUCUAAACGAGCAGCAUUGCAUAUAGCCAAUGAAUGUUUCGCUCUAUUUGGAGUGACAAUAGUAUUUCCUAACAACUCGGUGUACUCUGCAAAACUAAGUGGUGAUAUUAGAAGAAUAUUUCAAAGCGGGCUUGUCAAUAAAAUAAGCGAUGAAGUGCGUUUUGAAAUACAAAGGAGCCCUACGGGAAAGCUACUUGCGGUUGGCGCUGAAACAUUAAAUAUAGUAUCAGCAGAAGAAAAGGGACUAUCACUUGAAGACACCCAAGGCAUGUUCUUACUUUUAGCAGCUGGUUUCCUUAUAGCUGCAACGGCUUUACUAUCCGAGUGGAUGGGAGGAUUCACCAGGAAAUGUCGAUUUCCUAAAAAAGUUGAUACGCCCAGCAGUGCUGCGUCAAGAGAUCAGUUGAUAUCUACUCCUAAAAGUGAGGAUGGAAAUGAAAUAAAGAUUAUAGACGAUACCGAUGGACUACCUCUUGGUUCGAGACCUUCAACAGUUGAUUCUACAGAUACAUUAGAAGGUCAAGUUAUACAUGUGACUAGAGAAACUAUUGACGUACAUAAAGAUUUUGAGUCAAAUAGAUUCGAUUCUAGAAGAUCAAGUUCUGAAGACGUGGAAAGAGAAGUAAGGGAAAUAUUUGAAAGAGAUCAAAAUAGACUAAAGAUUAGAAUUGACAAUCUUGAGAUGGAGAAAUCGGUAGUCGAGUGCAAGAGAAAAGGAACAGCUUCUAACGGUGCUUUUGGUGAUCCAGUAAACAAUAAUUAUUAA